AUGGCAGAAGAGGAUCGAAUGGAUAUAGAUGAUUCUGAAUCAAUCAAAGAAAUAACGAAAUCAAGCAAACCCAAAUUCGAAGUAAAAAAAUGGACAGCAGUUGCCUUUUGGUCAUGGGAUAUACAGAUUGAAAAUUGUGCCAUUUGCAGGAAUCAUUUAAUGGAGCCAUGUAUCGAAUGUCAGCCAAAUUCAUUAGCCAACGGUGGAGAAGAAUGCAUUGCUGCUUGGGGAAUGUGUAAUCAUGCUUUCCAUUUACAUUGUAUAAAGAGAUGGCUAAAAACCAGAAAUGCAUGUCCGUUGGAUAAUACCGAAUGGGUAUAUCAAAAAUUUGGUAAAUAG